AUGACAGACCAAGUACAAGUAGAAGAUUUCGAUUCCAUCGAACGAAAUACACCUGCUGAAUUAUCUGCUAAAGAACUUCACAAUAAACGAUUUCAACCACGAGCAAAUUAUCAGAAUACAAGUAAAACUCCGAAACGAUUACAAACAUCAAAACCGCCGAAAAAUUCUGUUAAAAUAAAACCAAUUAAAACUCCUGUUCAUUUUAAAUGGGCAUUAUUUUUAACAAUAUUUUGUUUUUUUCUUGUUGGACCAUGUUGGGCAUUGUAUAAAACAAUUCAAUUACGUCGAAUGAUUCAACGACAAGAAAACGAUGCAGCUGAUCGUUUAUCACAUAAAAUAACAACUGUACUUGUUGUUUCAACUAUAUUAGGAAUAUUCGCAUGGGUAGCAAUUUUAUUUUGUACAGUUGGUUUAUUACUUACUGGAGAAUUAUUAGCAACAGAAGCUAUCUAA